AUGGAUGUUGGGAAGCACCAAGAGACAUAUCUACCCAAAUACGUUGCUAAAGUAUUCUCUGAAUACACCGAAAAGGAUGCACAAAUCCAGCUCCGACGCUUUCCAUCCCGCAUACCUAAGAAGGUUAAGGAGGUAAAAGAUGAACUUGACCCGUAUACCAAUGAAGCUCGAGCAUACCACUGCAUUGAGAUGUCGUGUACAAGCUCUGAAAGGAUAUAUUAUCCCGAGUUUCACGGUGUUAUCACUGAUCUUGGAAGAUCAAGGUUCACUUACGGCUUUAUUAAUCCUCGGGCUAUUGUCCUCGAACCCAUCAGGCCAAAACUUGCCUCACGACGAAUUCUAGCAGCUCACAGUGACGAUACCUGUGGGAUUUGGAAUCGGCUGAAUAUUCUUGGACUCCUCAGUGGCUUUGAAUUGGAAUACUAUCAUAGUCUCUUCCAUGACCGUAUCCGCCGCCUUUUGGUAUUACACAGACUCGGGAUCACACAUGGCGAUGUACGAGAUGAUCAUUUCAGGCUACCAGGGGAUUUCCAUGAUACGGUCUUAUAUGACUUUUCCCAUUCAUAUACGUUCUCUCCAGUCAUGCCUUACUUGGUCAAUUUUCGUCCACCACGCUCUUUGAAGAAAAUCUCGGAAAAUGAACAGGCCAUGGUUGAGCAACAGAUAUUUGAACGGGCCAAAAACCUAGACUUCCGUGAUCAUCUUGAAAAGACUACUGGGCUCAAUCCAACAGCAGCUGUGGAUGCGCUCUUCCAAUCUCUCGAAGAUGAAUCAUUGGACUUGAUAAUUCUGCGAGUACAUUUCCGCCCUGACGCUUUUUCUAUGCCUUCGGUGAAUUCGGUUUUCCCUUUUCUUGAAGAUAUUCGCCCAAAGGAUGAUCAAACCUGGCAUAUUCGUAGAGGUCGGCUGUUGAAAUCCUAUGAAGCGGUUUGGAUAAGCUCUACAACAAAUGGUUCAGGCCAAACUGACAUGAGCUUCGUUUCGGACUCUGACUAUACCGAAAACAGUACGGGCGCAAAACGCAGAUACCUACUCUGCUUAGUACCGAAGGAGUGGGGAGUCGAGGGUGUCCGCGGUCCACUCAUGAGUAUCUGUUCGUCCUUGCCGCGUGGUGCUCACGGCUGCAUUAAGACCCGAAUCGAUUUGCAAAACCAUGACUGAUCAUAACCCAUGAGCGCAGUCGCGCUACUCAUUUCCGACCGUCACGCUCGUGUCAGGUUGAGAGCCACGGGUAGCAUGAGUUCCACAUCGGCAGAUAACGCUUUGCUUGUCCACAAUGCUAACUCCUCGUUGUCAAAUGUCCAAAACACCUGCUUGUAUCCGCGCGUGUCUUUCAUUGGGUAGAAUACAUGGGCAUUCAUUGGGACUUUAUCG